CUUGGAAACGUAAAGUCUCUUCUUCAGAGCCUGACGCAGGCACGCCUCGGCCGUGGCUCCUCAGGACUCCAUCGUCUCAAGUUACGUAGGCGACAUAGUAGAUCUCCACGGGAGAGGAAAUUCAACAUGGCCGACGCUCCUAUGUGACCAAAACCUUCUGGAAGAUUCUUGCGCACUCGCAGAAAAACACGCAGCGCCCAGCACGGUUUAGCAAUUGCAACCCAGGUGGCGCUGGACCAUCCGUGAAAAGUAGCUAGUGUUUAAGAGAACGAGAAGGAAAGGAAAAAAAAUUGUGUAGUUGAUGAGUAUAUGAAUUUAGAAACUGAAAAGUGGAUCUGGAAUGAAGGAAUGGAUUUUUCACAAUUCAGAUAAUAGUUUUGUAUGGCGAGAAAGAAAAGUAGAGAGAGUAAUUUUCGUGUAAAAUCGAUCCUUUGGGACAGAGUGAUUGAAGCAGGUGUAAUGAGAAUGCCAUCUCUAAUUGGAUGUCUCUGUAGAGGAACUAUGUUUGACGUAGGGAGAUUCUAGUAUUUCUGAAGACGUUCGUAGUUGCACAUUUACAAAAUAGUUUUUCACUGACUCAGUUUUUUUUUUUUUAAGAAAAGGUUAUGUUGGUCAAGAUGAAGUGAAAUGAGAACAAAAUUGUUAGCGAAGAUCGAAUAUUUUAAGUCGUAGACUCCAUAGUUAGUAGACGUAUAAUAAGUGGUGAGAAAAAACUUACGGGUCUCUGCAGAAGAAAAGUGUAAAGAAAGCAUGGAAAUUGAGAUAUAAAAUUCACGGAAGACGAUAUGUGUUUGAAGAACAUCCGGCCGCCUAAAUUUAAUCAUAACUUUGACAGUUACUAGUUGUAAGACUAAGUACCUUCUUUCCAGUCUCCUUUCCAGUAAAAGCACUUAGAGAUAUUUUAAGAAUUAAAAAAAUAAGUGUAUGUGAAAUACUUGGUAUAGGAAAACAGAAAAUCACUAUUUAUACGUUUAGCUAUUAUUAUUAUAAGAUUACAAGUUUGUGUCUGUACAAAUUUUAUCCCAGGAAGUAGGUUUCUUUUAAUCACAAGGAGAUACAACACAGAAUUAUAAUAACGACUGAAAAGCAUGCCCAAUAUUCUAAGAAGAAAUAACUAAGCACCUUGAGCUAAAACAGUAUUGAAGAACUGCGAAGAAAGAACCACUGUGUUUCAAAUAGUAAAAAGAGCCAGCUUGUGUUGUUUCAGGCUGCAUGUACCAAGUAGUUCAGACGAUUGGCUCGGAUGGAAAAAAUCUUCUGCAAUUACUUCCAAUUCCUAAUUCUUCUGGAAAUCUUAUACCGCUAGUUCAAUCUUCAGUCAUGUCUGAUGCUUUGAAAGGGAAUACAGGAAGCCCAGUUCAAGUUACUUUUCAGACUCAGAUUUCCAGCUCCUCCACAAGUGCAUCAGUUCAAUUGCCCAUUUUUCAGCCAGCCAGUUCUUCAAACUAUUUUCUUACAAGAACAGUAGAUACAGCAGAAAAAGUUAGAGUUACUUCUGUGGGAACUGAAAAUUUUACCUCAUCAGUUUCUAAAGUUCAGAGUCAUGGUGUGAAAAUUGAUGGACUCACCAUGCAAACAUUUGCUGUUUCUCCCUCCUCAACACAAAAUGAUUCACCUUAUAUUUUAGUAAAUACUCAGAGCCUUCCAAUGACUGUGAAGUCUCCAGUUUUGCCUUCUGGGCAUCAUUUACAGAUUCCAGCCCAUGCUGAAGUGAAAUCUGUACCAGCGUCUUCAUUGCCUCCUUCAGUUCAGCAAAAGAUACUUGCAACUGCAACCACAAGUACCUCAGGAACAGUUGAGGCCUCCCAAAUACCAACCGUUAUUUACGUAUCUCCUGUAAAUACAGUGAAAAAUGUAGUUACCAAGAACUUUCAAAACAUUUAUCCAAAACCUGUUACAGAAAUAGCAAAGCCAGUGAUACUAAAUACCACACAAAUACCAGUGAAUGUUGCUAAAGAGACACAAUUAAAAGGUGGUCAGCAUUCUCAAGCUGCUCCUGUGAAAUGGAUUUUUCAAGAAAAUCUACAGCCUUGCAGUCCAUCUCUUGUUCCUGUUAAGUCUUCAAAUAAUGUGGCUUCAAAGAUUUUAAAAACUUUUGUAGAUAGGAAGAGUUUGGGCGAUAAUACCAUAAAUAUGCCAGCAUUGAGCACUGUCAGUCCUAGUGGGACACAAUCCAAAAGUAUGCCUAUUAAAGAUAAUGCUUUGGUUAUGUUUAAUGGGAAAGUCUAUCUGUUGGCUAAAAAGGGGACAAAUGUUUUGCCGUCACAAAUUGACCAACAGAAUUCUGUUUCUCCUGAUAUUCCACCGAGAAAAGAUACAUCACAGAUAGUGAGUUCAAGCCCAGUCACAGAAAUAUCCAGAGAGGUUGUAAAUAUUGUUUUGGCUAAAAGUAAAUCUUACCAGAUGGAAACAAAAUCACUCUCAAAUACUCAGCCUGCUUCCAUGAUCAAUCUAAGGGCAGAGAAGAAUAAAAAAGUGGAGAAACCAUCUCUUUCUACCCCAGACCCACAUAAUAUGAAUCAACCCAUUAACUACUUAAAACAGAGUAAGAUUUUAUUCACAAAGCCAGACUUUCCAGAUGGAUUUAGUACAGUACAGAAUGCCCCCAGAAAAGGAAAUACCAUCCAGAGCAUAGAGAAAAUAAGUUCCUCUGUUGAUGCAACAACUAUUACUUCACAACAGUGUGUUUUCAGAGACCAAGAACCAAAGAUCCAGAAUGAGAUGGCAUCAACAUUAGAAAAAGUUCCUCAAGAAAGGAAUGACAAGAACCAUUCCCAAAGAGGAAGCAAUAAGGCAUCACAUGUGAAGAAUGAUGCUGAAUUUAAAAAGUUAUUUGGUCUCACUAAAGAUUUGAGAGUGUGCCUUACUCGGAUUCCUGAUCAUUUGGGCUCUGGAAAAGGUUUUGAUUCCUUCAGCAGUUUGGUGAAGAGCAAUACUUACAAACAGACAGAGUUUAUAGAGAAGGAGGAAAAGAAAAAGCAGGGUUUUGAUAAGAAACGAAAAGCAAAAAUCAUUAAAAAGAUGGAUCGCACAAAGAAGAAAAAAACUGAGAGUGCUUAUAACACAGCUCUAAACGGAGGAACUAAUGUUACCAAUUCCCAACUUGUCAACAGUAUUUUACCAACUUCAGAUGUAUCACACCAUAACAUUCUUACAAACCUCAACAAAACUAGAGAAGAAAAGACAACUGAGGUUGAACACUGUACCCCUGAGAACCAGGAAAAAGGCACAUUGAGUUCAAAUGCAGCUUUUGAACAAAGCCAUUCUUUUAAUAAAAAUUUUACUGAAGAUAUUUUUCUCAUGGCACCACCAGAGUUAGAGGAAACCAUUCGAGAUGAAAAAAUAAGAAGACUUAAGCAAGUGCUGAGAGAGAAAGAAGCAGCUCUUGAAGAAAUGCGAAAGAAGAUGCACCAGAAAUAAUAAAAUGUUGCUCUUUUUAAAGACUGCAAUGAAAUAGCUGCAUUUUUUUCCAUAUACUUUUGCAUUAAGUUAAUUAGAGAUGUAUUAAGGUGUUCUUUGCAUAUGAAACUUGUUUUUUCAUCAGUUGAUUAUUAAGUUUUAUUUAAGGACUACAAAAAAGGUUGAUUAACAUGACUUGUGAAUAAUCUACAUGGGGUAUCUGAAUCUUUGUCUAGAUACCUUUUUUUGGAAGGAAAAAUUUUCUAUUUUUCUAUUAUUUUAAUUAGAAAUCCCCAAGUUUGAAUAUUUGUGCAGAGUUCUUGUUAUUGUAUGUAUGCAUCUUAUAGUUGAACCACUCAGGUGUUAUUCCAACAGUAGAUAAUUAUUGUAUACUAUUGAAAUUAUACAAUCCAGGAGAGGAAAUCGGCUCUAAACUUAGCUUUGCCAAUGGGUUUAUGUAUGUACUCACUUAGUCUCUAUCCAUAAAAUGAUACAAUUGUUGUCAUUUUUUUUCAGUUUCAUGGAAGAAAAUAUGUAAUAGCAGUAUUUAAAUAUCUGAACAUUUCUCGAGAGUUAAGGGAUACUUGUUUUGUGGCUUUUACAAAGUAGUUUUGUAUAGUCCAAAAUGGGUUUUAGAAUUCAGGCUAUACAAUGUUUGCUUAAAGUGAUACAUUUAUAUUCCUAGGCAAAUGGUUUUUCUUCUUUUUUUUUUUUUUUUAGUAUGUACAUAUGUAACAUGGUAUGAAAAUUAAAUCUGAACAGUGGCCACAUUUAAUACUUUUUAAAAUUGUAAAAUGUUUUCUUAAUGGAGGCAAACAUUUUUCUGUCUGGUUUUGUUUGAUUCAGAGAAUUUGGGAUUUGUGUGUGGAUAGGGAUUAAUGGGAAGGAGGAAAAGUGUACCAAAAGAAAGAUGAAUAAAUCGCUGGAAGUAAGGUCACAUACAGCCUGUGCAUACUGAGAAGUGAGUAAAACAAAUGCAAACUGAUCAACUAAAUUCUGCCUUUUAGAUUUUUUGUAACAGUUUUAUUGAGAUACUCCACUUACCAUAAAUUCACUCUUUAAAAAGUGUA